GGCCGCCAAUCUUUAAUAAUUGUGGUGGCCAAAUAUAAAAUCUAUCGUGAACACUCCUGCCAAGUACUACUAACUUGGUUCAUCUUCUUUAAGGUGCAAAGCCGUAUAUGCGAUAUUCUCCUGCAGGCUUGAACUCUGGAAGCUUGUGAAUCGGAAUACAUGGAGCGAAUUCAGGAACAUGAAAUUGUUAUAGUGGGUGGUGGCAUAGCAGGCUUCACUACUUGUCUUGCACUUCACAGGAUGGGUUUGCGGAGUAUAGUUUUGGAGUCUUGGGAUAGUUUAAGAAUAUCAGGAUUUGCUCUGACUUUAUGGACCAAUGCUUGGAAGGCAUUGGAUGCUGUUGGCAUCGGUGAUUCCCUGCGAAAACAAUCUCUUCAGAUGCAAGGGUUUACAGUAGCUUCUCUUAAUUCAGAUCUUCCUCCUUUACAAUCAGUAUUAGCUGCCACUGGAAAAUAUGCCAACCAUGAAUGUCGCUGUGUGAAAAGAAAAGACUUGCUAGAAACCAUGCUUGAAGAGCUACCACAUGGAUCUGUAAGGUUCUCUUCCAAAGUCGUUUUAAUUGAAAAAUCUGGACUCUUCAAAUUGAUCCACCUGGCUGAUGGUGCUAUUCUCAAAACUAAGGUAUUAAUUGGGUGUGAUGGAGUAAAAUCAGUGGUAGCAAAAGAAUUGGCUUUUCAGGAACCCUUGAGUUCUGGACGAUCAGCUAUCAGGGGUUUAGCCGAGUUUUCAGAUGGUCAUGGUUUGGAGCCAAAAAUCAAUGUGCACUUUGGAAAUGGAGUUCGAUUUGGUUUUGUUCCUUGUGAUGUGAAGUGCGUGUACUGGUUCUGCACUUUCACUCCAUCCCCUAAUAACAGUAAUAAUUCAGAUGAGAAAGCCUUCGAAGAAGAUCCACUAAGAAUGAAACAGUUUGUACUUGGGAAGAUUGCCAGUGCUCCUAGAAAAGCAUUGGAUGUGGUGGAAAGAACUGAACUUAGCCAUAUCUCAUGCGCUGAACUGAAGUUCAGAUUGCCGUGGAACGUGCUGAUGGGAAACAUCACAAAAGACAACAUUUGUGUAGCUGGUGAUGCACUUCAUCCAAUGACUCCAGAUAUCGGUCAAGGUGGGUGCUCGUCACUAGAAGACGCUGUUGUUCUAGCUAGGUGCCUGGGAGAGGCCAUACUGAGAAAAACAAAACUACAUCCUGGAGAGGUGAAUGAAGAAGAAGAAUAUGGACGAAUUAAACAGGGAUUGGAGAAGUAUGGAAAAGACAGGAGAUGGAGGAGUUUUAAUCUUAUUAGUAGCGCAUUUUUGGCAGGAUAUAUACAACAGAGUGAAGGGAAGAUUAUGAGCUUCUUGAGAGAAAAAUGGUUGGCCAAAUACACUGCUGAUGCUUUCUUAAGAUUGGCAAACUAUGACUGCGGAGAUCUAGUCAUUCCCUGUGCUAAUGUUUCUAAUAAUUGAGAGGAAGGUCGGAUAAUAGAUAAUGUUAAGGUGCGUCUGGAAACAAGACCUCUUCUCCUGGAACCGGAGGUGAGGUCCGCGUAUAAAGUCGCCGGAUCUGUUCUACAAGCACAGUAACCCCAGAUAUGUUUAAUUUGGUUUAUGCUUUUACGUCUGCUCUGUACUUGGCAGCAUGCUAAACUAAUAAUGUUCCUUACCUUAAUAAUGUAUGUUGUAACAUUAUGUGUGUACAAAUGUACUUGCUCUAAGAAUAAUGGAUAUGGUGGCGAGUUCAUUUGUUA